AUGGAGACCGCAACGGGGGCACUAUCGAGGGUCAUCACCAGGCUUCGUGUUCUUCUCACCGACGAGUACAAUCUGCCAAAGAGGAUGAGAAAGAAGAUUAUGUUUCUUCAAUCUGAGCUCGAGAGCAUGGAGUUUGCCCUCAAGAAGCUCUCCAAUACACCGACAGACCAGCUUAACAUCCAGGACAAGAUCUGGGCCAGAGAUUUGAGCGAGCUGUCUGAUUACAUAGAGGACAUUAUUGACACACUCAUGAUGUCUGAUUACAUAGACCAGCUCAACGAGUCAGCAGAGUCGAGUCGUAUACGGAGAUAUAUUGCCACAACUCGGAUCAGAGACAUCAAGAGCCGUGUCUCAGAGGUGCACAAGAGGUGUCCCAGGUACGAUGUUAACCUUGGUGUUGAUAAACCUACCAAACCUACUGUGGACCCACGUUUAUUUUCGCAGUACACAAUGAUUAAAGACCUCGUUGGCAUUGAUGAAACUAGAGAUGAGUUAAUCAAGAUUUUGAUGGGAGAGAACGGAGUGCCCUCACAGCAAGGCAAGAUAGUCUCCAUUGUUGGAUUUGGUGGGAUGGGCAAGACAACUCUUGCUAAUGCAGUGUAUGAGAAGAUUAGUGCACAAUUCGAUUGCUAUGCUUUUGUAUCAGUGUCUCAAACUCCUGACCUGAAUAAACUAUUCAAGGACAUCCUGUAUCAACUUGAUAGGAAUAAAUACGAUGACAGCAUCAAUGAAACUUUUGUUUACGAGCAACAGCUCAUCAAUGAACUCAGAGAAUUCCUUCAACAUAGAAGGUAUUUUCUUGUUAUUGACGACAUAUGGGAUAUCUCAGUCUGGCAAACGAUUAGACGUGCCUUGCCUGAUAAUGAUAUUGGAUACAUAAUUAUCACAACAACGCGUAAUUUUGGUGUUGCGGAAGAAGUUGGUGGUGCUUACAAGUUGAAACCCCUUUCCCUGAGUAACUCCCAAAAGUUGUUGUACAGAAGAAUAUUUGGUAACGAAAACAAGGACAACAUUGAAGACAUAGAAAAAUGUCUGAAUAAGGAGCUGGCUGAAGUAUCCAAGAGAAUACUACAGAAAUGUGGUGGUGUUCCCUUGGCUAUUGUUACAGUAGCUAGUCUUCUAGCAUCUAAAGCAAGAAAUGAGAUUGAUUGGUAUGAUGUGUACAACUCUAUUGGCACUGGUCUUAGCGAUAGUACUGAUGUGCCGAAGGCUUUAUUCAAUGUGAAAACCAAGACUUUGGAUGUGAGGGGCAACAAUAUGUUUAGCUUGCCAUCAACUGUUGUUCAGCUCAAAAAUUUGAUGUGCCUGUACAUUGAUGAGUUUACAAGAGUGCCAAAUGGGAUUAGGAGCCUAACAAACCUUGAAGUGCUGUCAACUUUAGACAUUACCGUCUCCAUUGACAUUAUAGAAGAGUUGGGCCAGCUAAUGAAACUGAGAGUGCUUCAUAUUUUGCUGUUCAUUGGUUGGAGUGGGAAGCUGGUGGAGUGCCUAUCCAAGCUGCAAAAUAUCGAAUAUCUAUACAUCAAGAUUUUUGGAGAUAAUCAAUGGGACUUUGCUGGAUUGGAUGCCUGGGUUGCCCCUCGACAUCUCUGUAGAUUGGAUAUAGAAUGGCCAUGCUGGUUCUCAACACUGCCAGCAAGGAUGAAUCAGUCUUAUCUACUGGACCUUGUAUACCUAUCCAUUGCUGUGAGGGAUUUAGGGCAGGUCAAUCUCGAAACCCUUGGGAGGUUGCCAGCUCUCCGUCUGCUAAAACUGUCGGUGGAUCCAAAAAAUCUUGGAACCCAUGGGGGAUUCAUCAUUGGUGCUGGAUUAUUCCCAUGCCUUGUAUUGUUCCAGUUCGGAGGAUCUAUAGGGCCUAUAGUGUUUCAGCAAGGAGCUAUGCCAAGGCUGGAAAUUCUUAACUUUGAGUUCUGUGUACAGGGGGCUAGACAAAUCACCUGCAAUGGUGAUGGUCCUGAGUUGGGUCUGGGGAACCUGUCAUCACUCCAGGAUGUCAAAAUUUAUUUGCGUUCUAGAGGCGCUAGCAAGGAAGAGGUAAGGGAAUUGGAGGCUGCGCUGAGGCAUGCAGUUGAAAUCCAUCCCAAUCUUCCCAAGCAUCAGAUAUGCGGAUGA